AGAGACGGAAAUCGCGCACGCGCGCGCGAACGACAUGGCGAAGUACUACGGCGACAUCGCGAAAUCGGCGAAGGACUUGCUCACGGGCGGGUUCAAUUAUGACACGAAGGUUUCCGUCGAUACUAAGUCGGCCGGGACGGGCGUGUCCGCCUCCGUCGUUCAAAAGGGCGAGGCGGUGAGCGGCGACUUGAAGGUGAACGCGAACGUUGUCGAUCAAGUGAUCGACAUCGAGUUGAACCAAGAUGCCAAGGCGAAGGUGACUGCGUCUUUCCCGUCUCUCAUCCCCAACGGAAAGCUUUCCGUCGGCGGUACGGUGCAAGAUCUCGAAACCGUCAAGGUUUCCGCUUCGGUGCUCGCCGGUCCCCUCGGCGUCAAGGCUGACGUCGCCAACUACGCGGCGCCGAAGGCCGAUGCGAGCUUGUGCUAUGCCAUCGGUGGUGGCUUCGCGGUCGGCGCCAUGGCGACGAUCAAGAGCUCCUCCGCGUUGGCGUACACGGUCGCGGCGCAAUCCAAGCAAGGCGACGUCACGUACGCGUUGACGGCGGCGGAUCAAUUCAAGACGUUCAAGGCCAGCGUGGUGACCGCGUUGGACAGCAAGCAAACCCUUGGUGCCGAAGUGGUUUACAAGAAGGCGGCGACGGCGACGAUCGGCUACUCCAAGAAGAUGGAUGGCCACUCUUUCAAAGCCGUCGUCGCCAACCCGGUGAGCGCCGAGUUCAACCCGACGCUCUCCGUGCACGCGAGCCUCGGGAGCUUGAUCCCGAAGACGACCGCCACGAUCAGCUGCCAAGUGGACAAAACGAUGAAGUACAAGUACGGCUUCCAGUUCGCGACCAAGCUUUGAUCGAGACGGCUCGGACAGCUUCCGUUAGAACACUAGCACGCCGACCCCGUUCGCCGAAUCGCUCGUCAUUUCUUCCUCGAGCGAGG